CUGAACAUGCAUCUCCCCGACGAGUCCCUGGCGCGCCUGCUGCCCGACACCGAGGCCAAGCUGUCCAACAACCUUGGGAAGCGCAUCAUCCUGGGCAUCCGAGAGCUGAUCUUCAAGCUGACGGAGCGAGUGAGCGAGUGAGCGGGCGAGGGAGAGGGCGGGAGGGAGGGCAGGAGGGAGGGGGAAGAGAGGGAGCGAGUGGAGCGAGCGAGAAGGAGCGAGCGGGCGGGAAAGCUCACGAAGGUCGCCUCCCGAGGUGGGGCUGCGAGAGGAAGGGCGGCGGCCAAGAUGAAGAGCCCGGAGACGAUGGCACACCCACGACUCGCUUGCUGCCCCGCCUCCCGGCCCGCCCAGCGGUCCUCCUUCCCUGCGGCCCUCGGCGACGCCAUGCGAGCGUGACUACAACCAUGAGAACGUUUUGGGCCGCGUGGCUGGCGGUGGAGAGCGCCCUGCUGGUGGGCGCGCGCCCCGACCGAGCCCUGAGUCGCGUGGUCAACACCAAGUACGGCAGAGUCCAGGGCUUCAUCCAGCAGCACGCCAGCCACUCGCUGCCGCCCGUCGAGGUCUUCCUGGGCAUCCCGUACGCGUCACCACCCAGCGGGGAGGGCCGCUUCACGCCCACCAGCAGUCCGCUGCCGUGGGAAGACGUGCGAAAAUGCCUGGAGACGCCGCCCGUGUGCCCCCAGCCUCCCCUGGACCUCGACCCGAGCCUCGUGCCACCUCUAAGGGCCGCCCACCUGGCAGCCAUCAAGCCACUCCUCGAGAAUCAGAGUGAAGACUGCCUGUACCUCAACAUUUACAGUCCCCAUGACGGAGGCGGGAAGUACCCAGUGAUGGUGUACAUCCACGGGGAAGCAUUUACCUGGGGCUCCGGCAAUCUGUACGACGGUAGUGUACUUGCGUCGUAUGGACAAGUCACCGUCGUCACCAUGAACUACCGUCUUGGACCCUUGGGUUUCCUAAACACGAGUCCCAGCGGCAGCGGGCGGCGGGGCGUGGCGGGCAACCAGGGGCUCCUCGACCAGCUGGCCGCCAUCUCGUGGGUGAGCGAGAACAUCGUGCAUUUCGGAGGCGACCCUGAGCGCGUGACCCUAUUCGGACACUCGGCAGGGGCAGCGUGCAUCAACUACCUGGUCGUGUCGCCGGUGGUCGUGCCAGGCCUGUUCCACCGGGUACUCCUGAUGUCCGGCUCUGCGCUGAGCCCCUGGGCGGAGGUACAGGACGCCCUCUCCGUCACAGCUCGCCUGGCCAAGCUCCUGAACUGCUCCCUGCCGACCAACCUGAGCGACCGGCACCCCGAGACUAUCGCCUGCCUCAGGAACGUGUCGGCGCAGGAGCUGGUCAUGGCGGAGGUGCCGCGGUACAAGUUCAACUCGGCGUUCGGGCCCAGCGUGGACGGCGUGGUGGUGCCCGAGGACUUCAAGACCAGACUCAACAGGGUGCUGAAAGGUCGACAACUCAGUGUAAUGUUCGGGGUCACGGAAGCGGACGGGUACAAUGACCUCUCGAGGAAGCAGGCGGAGGAAGGCCUGGAUGUGCAGGAGAGGAACCGGAUGCUGAGGACCUACGCGGAAAAUUCCCAUACCACCGGAGGAAAUUUAUUUGGCCCAUCCCCAAGGAAUAAAAGACGGAGAACCGGCGCAGCACCGGUACGAGACCUAACUGCAGAAGCCCUUAGUGACGGGGGUUUCCUGGCGCCCUUAGCUCGCUUCGGGGAGACCAUUAGCGGAAGAGCCGACGCCUAUAUGUAUGUCUUUGCGCACCACGACAAGGACAUGCUGAGAAUGGGCAGCGUGUUCGGUUCGGAGGUUCCACUCGUGUUUGGUUCGCCUUUCAUGGAUGAACCUGGUCCUUGGAGAGGGAAUUAUACGAGACAGGACGCCCUUGUGUCGGAAAUCAUCAUGAGGUAUUGGACUAACUUCGCCAAGACCGGGGAUCCCAACUUGCCCGAAGACGUUAAACUUUACUUAAGCCUCAAGGACCGCGGGAGGCAGAGAAACAUGACUUGGGAAACAUACGACUCCGUGUAUGAAAAAUACCUCGAGAUAAGCUUCCGACCUCGCCAGAAGGACCAUUACCGAGCCCACAAGGUCGCCCUCUGGAACUGGCUCAUUCCUGAACUGGAGGAGGCCGGCGCGCAGUACCCUGAGACGGACUCCGAAGCAUGGCACGCCUCCGAGGACCCCAAGCACUUCAUAGGUCCCGUCAGGCCGCUCGACCCCUUCAGGUUCCUGCACACGACGAAGACGCCGGCGACGACUGCGGCGACGGCGCUGCCGACGCCCAGCGACGAGUACCUCCCUCCGAACGUGAGCGCCGCGCAGGGCAGCCCCGUCAACGGCUCCUCCGAGGUCGUUCCCGCCGGCCAGUUCCUGGACUACACCACGGCCCUGACGCUGACGGUGGCCAUCGGGCUGUCGCUGCUGGUGCUCAACGCCAUCCUGUUCGCCGCCCUCAUCUAUCGCCGCGACCGCAACAACCUCGGGCCCAAGAUGAAGUACGACAGCGCGUCCGCCCAGCCGCUGUGCACGGUGGACAGCGGCGUGCGCUCCGUGUCCACGCACGAGGCGCUGGCGUCGCCCUCCAAGGAUGGCAAGUCGGCCUGCAGCGUCGACCUGCAGUGCACCGAGCUGCACACGUUCCCGACGCCGCCCGACAUCGGCGACAGGAACACCGAGGUCACGUUCCACACGAGCAACUCCAUGCACUCGCUGCUCUCGCAACCCACGAGCCAGUUCAUCCCGCCGCCGCCCCUGCUCGCCACCACGCCGCCCACGCCGCCUGUGUCCACCCACGCCGACGUGUUGGAGACCGGCGCGUGUGCGGGCGCCCGCUGCUACAGCGACGUGUCCAACGGCCAGUACCCCGACAUGGUGAAUGGUCAGUACCCGGCCGAUGUGACGCAGUAUCCCGGCGAGAGGACGUACCCAGAACAGUACAGGGUACAGAGCCAGUGCGCAAGCGACCCCCCCUUGCCCGGAUACCCCCCAACGUCAACCUCCUCGUGCCCCUACCCUCCCAACCACCCGCAGUACUGCGGUCAGUACCCCGCCAGCGUGAGCCAGUAUUCGUCCUCUACCGACCAGUAUUCCAUUUCCGGAAGCCAGUUCUCAAGUCCGGGUGCGUCCUGCCCGGCGUCCUCGUGCCAGUUCUCGGCGCCCGGAGGUCCAUGUCCCCCUCCGCAGCAGGCGUCUUACUCGGAGGAGCCCCAGGAGGUGAUUCUUCCGAGGACCAAUCGCAGCGCCACGCUCCAGAGAGCUUCCUCCUCCUCCUCCUCCACCUCCUCCAGGAAACCCCAGCCCCCCCCUCGCAACUCGACGCUCCCCUCCUACGCAACGCUCCCGAGACAGAGCUCCAAGGACUCGCUCUCUCAUAUCAACGCCUGAAGGCCAAGUAUCUCCGGGGAGGGAGCUGCAGACGGCGAGAGAGGCCUCGAGGUGAGCGGAGGUCUCUCUGCGAAGGCGAAGGGUUAGGCGUUUGAGAUGUUCCGUGUGUGGUUUAUGUGAUAAUCAAAGAUCUUUUUGGUGAUGCGGAAGGAAAGACACCGUUUACUCUAUUGUUAAAUGAAAAGAUGUAGGCGAAAGACGAGUAUACAUGUUCCAAAAUGACUUUUCGUCAGCUGCUAUAAGAUCACUUCAAAAUAAAGUGUUGAGAGAGAGAGAGAUCGCCGAUUACUUUUUUCUUAACUGUGUUGUUAUAUCACCUGAUUCUUAUAUUAUUGUACGGACAAAACGAAUUCAUACGGUGUUUAUAGACGCAUUUAUGUUUAUAUCGGAUUUUUUUUUUUUUUUUUUUUUUUUUGCUUUUGAAACUGGAAACGCUUGGCAAUACUAUAGAAAAAAAAGUUAGUAAAAUCUAAUUCGGUAAUUCUUUUAAAAUCUGAUUUGGUGUUAGAGAUGUGUAACUUCGAAAAGCAGUCGCGUAAGAAUGAUUUUCCUAAAUUUUUUCGCAACUUGAUGUAUCUCGCCGUAUUUUCAAGCCUAAAUGCCGUUUAGAAACCUACAAUUUAUGUCUCACCUGAAAAAGAGAAAAAAAGUUGUGUGGGAUUUUCAAAACAGAUCAUAAGGAACGAGAGGCUGAGAUUACGAACAAUUCGUAAUUGAUAAACUACGUAAACCUCAGGUUUUCAACUUGAAGUGCAUGACCUCUUCAAGCAUAUCUUGACACUUUUUCGCCCCUCUAAGUUGUGAUUUGGUCCCACAAAUGUGAACCUUUUUUCUAUUUUAAUUUUUGCCUUCCUCAAAUUACACGACAAUUUCUUAAAUGCUUUACUGAUUUCUAUUGAUGUUUGGCUACUGGUUCUGACUCAUAUGGAAUGUGGAAACCAGUAAAAAUACAUUGUGCUUUGUAUGAUUAUUGUAUUUUUUACGUCAUAUAUGUCAUGUGUAGCCAUGUACAUGAAUCAGAACAAUGAACAAUUUGAGGAAACAAUUUCAAACAAUUUAGUAAAUGGAAAUUACUAAAUAAACCACUAUUUACAGCAAGAAUUUCUACCUGUGAUUGAAAAAAGGAUUCCUGUUGCAGAAAACCGAACAACCGAACUUUUAAUCUUAGUGUAAGGAAAAAAAAAUCUUGCUGUAUGUUAGCUGGACACAUCCUGUGCACAUGUGUUUUUUGUGACGACAGGAAAAUGGAAUUGGGAAUAAGUGACAGUAAUACAUGACAACAGUGCAAUAACAAGUAACUCAACUGAUUGAUGAGUGCUGCAUUGUGCAAGGAAAAAAUAACUUUGUUUUCUUCUGACUUAGUGGACAAUUAAAAUCCCGAAUAGAUUUCAAAUUUUUUCGAGGAUUUACAUUCACAUUCAGUUAUAUGGCUGAAAUUUUUGGAUGUGCGUCACUAACCGGCUUUGUUAUAUUAAAAACAAAUCAAAACUCUUUCUGUGUAGGUAUUUAAUAUAGUUAUAAGUUUCAUUGUUGGUGUUUCUAUAUUUUUGUUUAAGAAAUAAAUGAGAGGGAAGAACCAGAGAGUUGUUACAUAGCUGAAGGAAGCGAGAAAUUAAUAAGUAAACUAACGGAUAUCAGUGAAAGAUAUGAAAAAAAAUAUCCAUUAAUUUGCGUUCAGUUGAUACAUAUCGUUCAGCAAAAUUGAUGCUAAAGUCAACUGAGAUAAUGUUGAAGGAAAAAUCCACCUGAGAAGGUUGAUAGAAUGUAAAAAUGUCAAAUUAGUUGUUAUGCGUAAAAUAUAGGUCAUAUAGGAGAAACAGUUUCAUAGAUUUGCUACAAAAAUGUUGAUUUAUAAUGGAACUCGUAGAAGUUUUGAAGUUUAGUGGAGAAAAUAAAUAAUAAAAUAAACGUUAAAUAUUAGAACAAUGGCAUGAAGUGGUCCAUUCACUUUUGUGGUUUUAAUUCCGCUUCAUAUCAUAAGAAAAUAUAUUAUUAGAUUUUUUUUGUCAUCAUUAUUUCUAUGUAUUUUCUUUUAUGCACGACGUUUAGGGAUGAUGAAGAAAAAUUAUAUGAUAAUGUAAUUUAUACAAUGUGGCUUCAGCGGUUCUAAAUUCUUAUGACAAUAAAAAACAUGUAUUUUUUAUUAUUUUUUAUCAUACUUUCUAUUAUAAUCAUCAUCCUUUAAGUACGUGGAAUAAUUGCAAAUAAUAUACCUUUCGCCCUAUAACCCCCAUUGAAAAAAAGGGAAAAUACAAAAAGAUAUAGAGAGAUCAGUUCUAAAACCAAUGAUUUCCUGUAGUUCUCGUAGCACUGUUUAAGCCGAAGGUAGCCCCGCCAACCCAUUGUAUGUUUAAGCCCGCGUCACAGUAGAGCUUUUGAAGUUACAUUACACUUUGUAUUCUAUUUUGUCCACGUUAACUUCGCGUGUUGUCAACAAGGUUGUAUCAUGCUCAAUCCAAAUAACUGUGAGAUCAUGACAGUGGUGUCAGGAAUAUAUUUUAUCUCGGAGAUUUGAAUGACUUUCAAAGUGGUGUGUGGAAUAUGAUGUACCAUCUUUUAUGUAAUAAAGUUUACACAAAAAAUGAAUGGGUUUGAUGAUA